AUGUUUUUUCUAUAUUUUCACAACAAACAGUUAGCUGUCGGUACAAAUCCAAUUACGUUAGCAGCACCUGGUAAAAGUCCUGACGAUCAUUUUGUGUUGGAUAUGGCUACAAGUGCAGUAGCUUUGGGUAAAAUUGAAAUGUGUCGAAGAAGAAACGUUCAAAUACCUAAAGGAUGGGGUGCUGAUGCUGAUGGUAAAACAUGUGUUGAUCCAAAUGUAGUUGUUACAAAGGGUGGUUUAAUGCCUUUGGGCGGUGAAGAAGAAAAUAGUGGCUAUAAAGGUUACGGUUUAGGAAUGUUUGUUGAAAUUUUAUGCGGAAUUAUUGCAAAUGCUGCAUAUGGAGCAAAUAUUCGUCGAUGGAUGUCAACUGAUAAACCAGCUAAUUUGGGUCAAUCAUUUCUAGCCAUUAAUCCUAAAAUGUUCGCACCAGGAUUUGAAGAACGAUUAUCGGAUUAUGUGAAUAUGAUGCGUAAUCUACCAGCAGUGGAUAAUAGUAAACCUGUGAAGAUUCCUGGAGAUUUUGAAAGAGAUUCAUAUGGUAGGAAUUGUGAUCAACUUGGUGGUAUCCCAUAUCCUCCCAGUAUUGAUUGA